CCCAUUUGCACACAUGGAAGGUCACCAUAAAUAUAUGAUUGAAUUUAAUGAUUUAUUUAAAUGACCAAACAAUAAAUAUAUGAUUCAAUCUCAGCAAUCAGUUACAACUUAUACCCAAACUGAUGGAAGCCCAGAUAAUAAAUGGGUCGUCCAUAGGCUCAAUAAUACAUAAAACAGCCCCAAUUAUAUGCUAAUGAGGCGCUAAUAUUACUCGCCUUAUCGACGUGACAAACUAUAUAACUCAAUGUAUUGUGUGCCCUAAUUUCGUCGCCAGAACCAGAGAGAAAGAUAAAUGGCAGAAGAAGAUUUCGAGAACAAUCAGCCUUCGGUGAUAAAUAUUGAUGAUGAGGAAGAAGGAGAAGAUCUCUUCAUGAAUAAUUUUAUGGAAGAUUAUCGAAUAGAUGGGCAUGAUCAGUAUGAUGACUUAGAUCAGAUUAUACAUUACCGUUUUGUGGCUGAUGCUGUACUUGGUGCUCAAGAAACUCGCAACCGAAAUCUUCUUCACGAUAACGAUAACUUCAUCGUUGUAGACGCGGCCGGAGAAGUAGAAGAUCUUCAAAUUAUUAGGGAUGAGCCUGAGGAGGAGGAGGAAGGAGAAGUUCUAUUCAACGAGAAUUUCUUAGAAGAUUAUCGGCAUAUGGAUGAGCAUGAAUGAUGAGUAGAGUUAGUUGAUGAUGAAAGUGAUUUAGUCAUUUAGAUAGAUUAUGAAAAGUUUGUUCUCCAUUGUGUUUUUUUUUCCCCGAUAAGGUUGAGUUGUUAUAAUAAGUUUGUUUUGAUUACAAUCUACUAUACAUUUUUCAACACUUUUUGGAGAUCCUAAUCGGGUCGGGGUUUUUUUCAAUUUUGACACGGAUUUUUUUUUUCUGACCCGACUCAAUGACCAAUCAAAACUCUCGGAUCCUGAUAAAUGAGACUUGCCAAAAAAAAAUGCAAGGAAUUCGGCCAAAUAUUCUCUUCCUAUACUUCCCUAAACUACCAAAUCCUAUUAUUACCGGAUUCAAUAUCUUUCCUAUAUAGAUGCUAACAGAUUCGUUA